GGACCCGGCCGCAGCAUGAGCAGCGCGCCGCACCAGCGCCGCUCCGCCGGCCCGCCCGCCGCCGCCUCCGGCCCGGGCGCCGGGGCCGCGCCGGGGCCCGGAGAGGACAGCGAGUCCCGGGAGAAGAUGCUGCGGCGGCAGAACGGCGGCGGCGGCGGCGACGGGCGCGGGUCGGACGGCGGCUCGGGCUCGGGCUCCGGCACGGACGAGGGCGUGACCCUGCAGCGCUCCAUCACGCUGCUCAACGGCGUGGCCAUCAUCCUGGGCACCAUCAUCGGCUCGGGCAUCUUCGUGGCGCCCACGGGCGUGCUCAAGGAGGCCGGCUCGCCCGGCCUGGCGCUCGUGGUGUGGGCCGCGUGCGGCGUCUUCUCCAUCGUGGGCGCGCUCUGCUACGCCGAACUGGGCACCACCAUCACCAAGUCCGGCGGCGACUACGCCUACAUGCUCGAGGUCUACGGCUCGCUGCCCGCCUUCCUGAAGCUCUGGGUGGAGCUGCUCAUCAUCCGGCCCUCGUCGCAGUACAUCGUGGCGCUCGUCUUCGCCACCUACCUGCUCAAGCCGCUCUUCCCCAGUUGCCCGGUGCCGGAAGACGCGGCCAAGCUGGUGGCGUGCCUAUGCGUGUUGUUACUCACAGCAGUGAAUUGUUACAGCGUGAAGGCAGCCACACGGGUCCAAGAUGCAUUUGCUGCUGCAAAACUGCUGGCUUUGGCUUUGAUCAUUCUCCUUGGCUUCAUUCAAAUUGGAAAGGGCGAGGUCUCCAAUUUAAGCCCCCAGUUUUCGUUCGAAGGCACCAAGUUAGAUGUUGGGAACAUCGUGCUGGCUUUAUACAGCGGCCUCUUUGCCUACGGGGGCUGGAAUUAUUUGAAUUUUGUCACAGAGGAGAUGAUAAACCCUUACAGAAACUUGCCACUGGCCAUCAUCAUUUCGCUUCCUCUGGUCACCUUAGUGUACGUCCUGACAAACCUGGCUUACUUCACCACCCUGUCCACUGAGCAGAUGCUGAGUUCAGAAGCUGUGGCCGUGGACUUUGGAAACUAUCACCUGGGCGUCAUGUCCUGGAUCAUCCCUGUCUUCGUGGGUCUGUCGUGCUUUGGAUCAGUCAAUGGCUCCCUGUUCACCUCCUCCAGGUUGUUCUUCGUAGGUUCCAGGGAGGGCCAUCUGCCUUCUGUCCUUUCCAUGAUCCACCCCAAGAACCUGACGCCGGUGCCAUCCCUAGUGUUCACGUGCGCCAUGACCCUGCUCUACGCUUUCUCCAAUGACAUCUUCUCCGUCAUCAACUUCUUCAGUUUCUUCAACUGGCUUUGUGUGGCCCUAGCCAUCAUUGGGAUGAUCUGGCUCCGGUUUAAGAAACCAGACUUGAACAGACCCAUAAAGGUGAACCUCAGCCUGCCCAUCUUUUUCAUCCUGGCCUGCCUGUUCCUGAUUGCUGUCUCUUUCUGGAAGACUCCAGUGGAGUGUGCAAUUGGCUUUGUCAUCAUCCUCACGGGAAUUCCGAUUUACUUCAUUGGCGUCUGGUGGCAAAACAAGCCAAAGUGGCUGCUCCAAGGCAUCUUCUGCACGACAGUCCUGUGCCAGAAGCUCAUGGAGGUGGUUCCGCAGGAGUCCUGAGGUCGCCCCGACCCACCUUCCAACAAGCAGGCGUGCGCCCGGCCCUGCCUCCCCUCCUCCCGCCGGGGCGGCCUGCCGGCACGCUCCCUUCCUCUGCUCAAGGCCGGCAGCUGAGGGUGCUCUGAAAGAAACCCACGGUACAAACCAACGUCUCCUGGCUACCUCCUCCGGAGCCCCAGAGGGGCAGAAAACAAUUGUUGAAUUAGGCAUUCAGACCAGACCUGGGCCUGAAAAUAGGUGUUAUUUUUUUGCUUUCCUUCAUUUUAUUUUAUUUUUAACUUAAGGUUCAGUUUAGUAGAUGCCAACGAUACGAUUUCUUUUUAUAAAUGAGAAUAUUUUUUCGAUGCUGCCAACUGUACCCAUAUACCUCUAGAUGGGACUGACCCAGACUCAGUUCAAGCAGCUCUCCUUUGCCAGCCCUCCUCCACUAGCCUCGUACCUUAGGAGAGCGGACCUUCCGAAGACCACACACUGCAGGGCACGAGUGGACAGAACUACUGAGACUUGACAUGAUGUUGGUGUUAAGUGGGGGCUUGCACUAAAUCGCACUGACGGUCUGCUUCUGCUCUUCGUUUGCGUUAUGAUGUUGGGUUAUUGGUUGUGGUUUUUUAAGUUGUCAUAAAACGGAGCUAGUUCAAACUGAA